GGCCCGCCCCGCCCGCGGCCACUCUCGCCCGGACGGCCGCGCGGACACACGCUCUGUACACACGCGCGCGGCGGCGCGGGGCCCCGAGACACGCCCGCCCCCACCUCGCCGCCCUCACCCCGGCGCCCGCCCUCCGCGCCUGGCCCCGGCCCGCCCUCGGCCUCCCCCGCCCCUCCCCGUCGCCCGCCGAGCCCGGUCAGCCGCUGCGAGCAUGCACCCGACGAGCUAGGAGGAAGCCCGGAGCCCCGCAGGAAGCGCCGAGGCCGGCCCAGCCCGCCGCACGCGCCGCCCCCCGCGGGCAGCGCCCCCUCCCCUGCGGGCGCCCCCAGCCCCACACCCCCCCACCUUCCCGGGGGGUGGGGGGGUGCGGGCCGCCGGAUCCGGGGGCCCCGCCGCCCCAGCAGCCCAGGACAGCCCCUUCUCCCCGCCCCCAGCCCCCUCCCCCGGCGCGGCCAUGGAUGUGACCAGCAGCUCGGGCGGCGGCGGCGACCCCCGGCAGAUCGAGGAGACCAAGCCGCUGCUGGGGGGCGACGUGUCGGCCCCCGAAGGCACGAAGAUGGGCGCCGUGCCCUGCCGCCGGGCUCUUCUGCUUUGCAACGGGAUGAGGUACAAACUGCUGCAGGAGGGCGACAUUCAGGUCUGUGUCAUCCGGCACCCGCGGACCUUUCUCAGCAAGAUCCUCACCUCGAAAUUCCUGAGGCGCUGGGAGCCGCACCACCUAACGCUGGCCGACAACAGCCUGGCGUCCGCCACGCCAACUGGGUACAUGGAAAACUCAGUCUCUUACAGCGCGAUUGAAGACGUUCAGCUGCUGUCCUGGGAGAAUGCCCCGAAGUACUGUUUACAGCUCACGAUUCCUGGGGGAACUGUCUUACUGCAGGCUGCCAACAGCUACCUGCGAGACCAGUGGUUCCAUUCUCUGCAGUGGAAGAAAAAGAUUUACAAAUAUAAGAAAGUGCUGAGUAACCCAAGCCGCUGGGAAGUUGUCUUGAAAGAGAUCCGGACCCUGGUGGACAUGGCCCUGACAUCCCCCCUGCAGGAUGACUCCAUCAACCAGGCCCCACUGGAAAUCGUCUCGAAACUGCUCUCAGAGAACACAAACUUGACCACCCAGGAGCAUGAAAACAUCAUUGUGGCAAUCGCUCCUUUGCUGGAAAACAACCACCCACCACCAGAUCUCUGUGAAUUCUUUUGCAAGCACUGCAGAGAGCGGCCCCGGUCCAUGGUGGUCAUCGAGGUGUUCACCCCCGUGGUGCAGCGAAUCCUCAAGCAUAACAUGGACUUUGGGAAGUGCCCGCGACUGAGGCUGUUUACUCAGGAGUACAUCCUUGCCUUGAACGAGCUCAACGCGGGGAUGGAAGUGGUGAAGAAGUUCAUUCAGAGCAUGCACGGCCCCACAGGGCACUGCCCCCACCCCCGGGUUCUGCCCAACCUGGUGGCCGUGUGCCUGGCUGCCAUCUACUCCUGCUAUGAAGAGUUCAUCAACAGCCGCGACAAUUCCCCAAGCCUGAAGGAAAUCCGGAACGGCUGCCAGCAGCCGUGCGACCGGAAGCCCACUUUACCUCUGCGCCUUCUGCACCCCAGCCCGGACCUGGUGUCUCAGGAAGCCACGCUGUCUGAGGCCCGGCUCAAGUCGGUGGUCGUGGCCUCCAGUGAGAUCCACGUGGAGGUGGAACGCACCAGCACUGCCAAGCCGGCGCUGACAGCCAGCGCAGGCAACGACAGCGAGCCCAACCUCAUCGACUGCCUCAUGGUCAGCCCCGCCUGCAGCACCAUGAGCAUCGAGCUGGGCCCCCAGGCCGACCGCACGCUCGGCUGCUACGUGGAAAUCCUCAAGCUGCUGUCAGACUAUGAUGACUGGAGACCGUCUCUGGCCAGUUUGCUUCAACCCAUUCCAUUCCCCAAAGAAGCUCUCGCACAUGAGAAGUUCACCAAGGAACUGAAGUACGUGAUUCAGAGGUUCGCCGAAGACCCCAGGCAAGAGGUCCACUCAUGCCUGCUGAGCGUGCGGGCCGGCAAAGAUGGCUGGUUCCAGCUCUACAGCCCCGGAGGGGUGGCCUGCGACGAUGACGGGGAGCUGUUCGCCAGCAUGGUGCACAUCCUCAUGGGCUCCUGUUACAAGACCAAAAAAUUCCUGCUCUCCCUGGCGGAAAACAAGCUGGGUCCCUGCAUGCUCCUGGCACUGAGGGGGAACCAGACCAUGGUGGAGAUCCUGUGCUUGAUGCUGGAAUACAACAUCAUCGACAACAACGACACCCAACUGCAGAUCAUCUCAACCCUGGAGAGCACAGACGUGGGGAAGCGCAUGUACGAGCAGCUGUGUGACCGGCAGCGGGAGCUGAAGGAGCUGCAAAGGAAAGGCGGGCCCACCAGGCUAACACUGCCCUCCAAGUCCACAGACGCUGACUUGGCUCGUUUGCUGAGCUCCGGCUCCUUCGGAAACCUGGAGAACCUCAGUUUGGCCUUCACCAAUGUAACCAGUGCCUGCGCCGAGCACCUCAUCAAACUGCCUUCGCUCAAGCAGCUGAACCUGUGGUCCACUCAGUUUGGAGACGCCGGCCUUCGGCUCCUGUCGGAACACCUCACCAUGCUCCAGGUGCUGAACCUGUGCGAGACUCCGGUCACAGACGCUGGCCUGCUGGCCCUGAGCUCCAUGAAGAGUCUCUGCAGUUUAAACAUGAACAGCACCAAGCUCUCAGCUGACACCUACGAAGAUCUGAAGGCCAAGCUUCCCAAUUUGAAGGAAGUGGACGUCCGCUACACCGAAGCCUGGUGAAGCUCCCAGCUCAAGGCAGGAAGACGUUUGCAACCGCGACAAAAUAACUCUUGACUAACAGCCACAGAGCAGCCGGUCCUGGGGUCCCACCCUGGUGCCCUGGCUGUGAGAUAGAUGGGGAGUCUUUCUGGGGGCGGAGGGGGGAGGGGGUGGGGAGGGGGCCCACAAGCACGCCCAGCCCCCGCCGAAUUCUUUUAGCUUCGUAAUUGGAACCUUUGACCUGAUCUAAAGUGGACUUUGUAGCAACAAGAGGAGCAUCAGCGGGUCGGGGAGGGGUUUGGGGGUGGGCUGGGGGGUGGGGGACCCUUUGUGGAUUUUCUUUGCCUUUGUGUUUGAUGCCGUCGUGUGGGGAAAGUCAACUCCGAUGCCACCAUUGCGGGCCGGACGAAGGAUGCUUUCUUCCUAGAGGCUCCGAGCUGAGCUGCGAACUCGCCCCCCGCCCUUGGGACAAGAAGACCCAGUCACAUCACUGCACCCGUCCUGUGUCCUCACCAUUGCUAUGCAAAGUGAUUCUUGUUGUACAUAAGAUUUAAAUAAUGCACCUAUUUAAGACAUGUUGACAAAUUGCGGGUCUGGGACCCGCCUCUUAUUUAUGAAGUCUUUGACCGUCCCCCCCCCCCACCCCACCGCCCUCCCGCCCCCCCUGGCGUGUAGUACUGUAUAAACCAGUCAGCUGUCGGGUUAGUGGUAGUAUUAUUGUUAUUUUUUUAAAGGAAACAAACAGACAACAAAAAGAAAAAAAAAAAAGAACCUCCUUGGAAAAAUUAAUUGCUUUUUCGUAAUGGAUUCUCUAUGCUAAUGCUCUCUCGUCUGUCUGUCUGUCUGCCCACCUCCCCCACCCACCACUGUGCGUUUCUGAUUUCCAAAUGUCUCCAACUCCCUCACGAGGUGGGGCUCAGGCUGGAGGAGGAGGGAUUAAGAUCCCCUUGCUCCACUAAGGCCCAAGCUCUUUCUCUCGGCACCUUUUAGACUUGAAUGGGAGGCUGCUAACCCGCCCUCUCCAGUCCACCCCGGUAAAAGAGCUGUUCCCCACCCCCAGGGAGCUCCUGUCCCUGUCAGCCUUUGCUGUCCCCUGUCCCCAACGGAGACUCUGUCACCCAUGGGCUCCCCCUGCCAUCGUGUGCUUCACGUGGCCCCAUGCAUGCCCGCCUCUCUGCAUGGUCUCUUGGGAAAAGAGAGAUGUGUCGCCUCCGCCAGUCCGACUGCCCUCCCCACCCCACCCCCGCCACCCCCCACAUGUCACCACUGCAACGAAGACGCUCCUUCUGUCCCCACCUGCUCCGAAGACAAACCAACCUCCGUUUCUUUUAUAAACAGUCGGCUUUUUCUUAACAAGCCCUCACUGUACAGAACAGCCCGUUGAUGGUUUAUUUGGGGUCCCCCUCUCCCCCCAGCCCUUUUUUCUGUUGGUUUAGCACAAAUACUUCCCUCCUCCGGCACCUCCAAACCUCCCCCACAGUCAGUGUACUUGUUUUAUAUAUAUUUAAUCUUAUUCAGUGGAAACCAUGCUUUUGUCGUUUUAUACUUUGCUAGGUAGACUUCAUUACCCCCCACUGUGCCCCUCAUUUUUUUAAAAAAGGAAAAAAAAAAGAAACUGGGUUCCAGUCUUAAUUCAUUUUCCGUGCCAGGUUUUAUUUCGUGUGUGUGUGAGUGUGUUCUGUUUUGUGUUUUGUUUUUUGUUGUUGUUUUUAGUUGUUUGGUUUUCUUUUCUUUCCCCCCUCCGGUCCCAUACUUCACAGCACUCUGGUGCGGGAAGAAGCAGAAGCAAAAAAAAUAAAAAUUAAAAAAAUAAAAAAAAUUAAAAAGGAAAAAAAAAAAAAGAAGAAACAAGACAUGCCACCUUUCCCCUCGCACUGUUGCUUUUCCUGAUGGUUAAUACUACUGUCACGUAGCUGUGUACAAAGAGAUGUGAAAUACUUUCAGGCAAAAAUAAACUGUAAGUGACUCAUCAA